ACUCCUCCUAACCCGCCUCACUUAUUUUCAGAGUGAGAGUGAAACUUGGGAGGGAGAGAAAGAAUGAGGCAAGCCAUUGAAUGAUGUUAUCUGGAGGCAAGGAGUUUUACAAUGCUUGCUGAAGGAGAGAAGGUUUUAUCUGGUCUGUGGAGUUUUGAAACCAAGGGACCCAUCCUUUGGAGCUUUUAAUCCACAAUUCUUUGUCACAGGGAUUCUACAAAAGGGAAAGUUUCAAAAAUAAAGAUACCAUAUGUAUAAUGUGGAUGAGAAGAAUCCAGGCUUUAAUGAAAAUAGAGCUUGUUAUUACACGGCUCAGAUCAUCUGCGGACUUGAGCAUUUGCACCAGCACAGGAUUGUGUACAGAGACCUCAAGCCAGAGAAUGUCCUCUUAGAUGAUGCAGGACAUGUGCGUCUCUCUGAUCUGGGGUUGGCUGUUGAAUUACCACCAGGAAAAGAUAAAACACAGGGAUAUGCUGGGACCCCAGGUUUCAUGGCUCCAGAACUGCUACAGAAGAAAGAGUAUGACUACACUGUAGACUACUUCACUCUUGGGGUCACUCUAUAUGAGAUGGUUGCCGCCAAGGGACCUUUCAGGUGUCGUGGAGAGCAGGUGGACAACAAUGAAGUGACACGGCGCAUCCUGAAUGACCCAGUCUCAUACCCCCCAACCUUCAGCCAAGAGCUUAAAGACCUCUGUGAAGGACUGAUGGAGAAAGAUCCAGAGAAGAGACUUGGCUUCAAGAACAAUGAGUGUGCUGAACUGAAGAACCAGUCCUUCUUUAAAGAGCUCAACUGGGGGAGAUUAGAGGCUGGUAUGCUUCCUCCUCCUUUUGUCCCAGAUGCUAAGAUGGUCUAUGCCAAAGACAUUGAUGAUGUGGGAGCAUUCAGCACCAUCAAAGGUGUUGUGAUUGACAACAAAGACAAUGAAUUCUACAAUGAGUUUGCAACUGGGAACGUACCAAUUCCAUGGCAGGAGGAGAUGAUUGAGACAGGUGUGUUUGGGGAGCUUAACGUCUGGGGACAAAAUGGAAAACUGCCGAAUGAUCUGGAUCCCAACUAUGUAGAAGCAAAAGGAGGGGGAUGUGUUCUACUGUGAACUAGAAAAGAAAAAGAAAAA